GUUGCAAACAAAAUAGAUAAGUUGAGGUAACCUCCAAUAUAAACAAUUAAAGAGAGAGAAAAUGACUUAUGAAAAAGCUUUUAUAAAUCUAGCUGUUCCUCUUUGUGGACAUGCCGUCCAUUAAUUGUUAUUAUUCUUAACCAACAUUUUUAUUUUUCAAGGCCCCCUCUCUCCUACAUCCACCCAUGUCGGUGAUAUCUUAUUAUUCUUCCCACUUAAUUAUCUUUUUCCCUUUUCUUUUUAAUUCAUAACUCAUUACUUUUUUUUUAUUUAUAUAUAAAUAUAUAAAUAUAUAACAACCCUAUUUUUAUUUCCCACUCACAAUCCCCAAAACCCCAAAAUUCCUCUCUUUUUUCUUUUCUUCUCUCUCCUCUUUUUCUCUUUCUGUAAUUCUCUCUCUUCUUCAAGAGUAGUUUAAAGUAGUAGUAGUAGUAGAAGAAAAAGAAGAAGCAGGCAUGGAAGCGGGGUCAACGAAGAAGAGAGAGAGAGCAGAGAAGCCAUACAAAGGGAUAAGGAUGAGGAAGUGGGGGAAGUGGGUAGCAGAGAUAAGAGAGCCGAAUAAACGAUCAAGAAUAUGGUUAGGAUCGUAUUCAACACCGGUUGCAGCUGCACGGGCUUACGACACGGCCGUGUAUUAUCUUCGCGGUCCAUCCGCACGGCUUAAUUUUCCUGAGUUGUUGAUGGGGGAGUGUCGUCUUAGCGAUUUAUCGGCUGCUUCGAUCCGAAAGAAGGCUAUUGAGGUUGGUGCUAGGGUUGAUGCUCUCGAGACCGCUUUUCAACGGUCUAACUCGAAUAAUAGCAUCAACCGUCAUAUUAACAUCGAGCACGAACACAAACACGAUAAUCACAGUAGUAGUAGUCCGGAGAGUAAGAUAACGGUUGAGGAGAGAGAAAAGAGUGGUGGGUUUGUUGGGUGUGGAUGGGUUGUUGAUGAGAAACCCGAUUUGAAUAAGGUACCCGAGGAUUCGGAAGAGUGGGAUGAUUGAUUGAUUGGUUUGGUUGGUUGAAACUUGAAAGAGGAAGGGAGAAAGAGAGAGAAAGAAAUGAAGAGUUUUCUUUUUCUCUUUUUUUUUUUUCGAUUAUAAAAAAUUGUUUUUUUUUUUUUAGAAGAAAUAGUUUGUCGAUAGAAAGAGAGAGAAAAGCAACAACUGACGAAGGUUGCGGCUCAGGUUUGGAUGUCGGUGGCUGCGACGGAGGAGAUAGAAACAGAAAAAAAAAAAAAAAGAAAAGUAGUAAUUGCUAGUCGCUACUCCAUAUAAUUGCAAUUUUUUAUGUGGGCCACUUUCAAAAAUCCAUUAUUUCCUCUCACUAUCCGGUUUUUUUUUUUUUUUGGUUUUUAGAUUUAAGGUAGAUUUUUUUUUUUUUUUUUUUUUUUUUCCUUGAAGAGUUGAAGAUAGGAAAAAGGAAAUUUUGGGGGAUGUAAGAGGAAAAUAUUGUAAAUACAUUUUUUUUUUUUUGGUUAAUUUUAAUAUAGUUUAGUAGCUUCCUUUUUAUC